AUGGAUGCCGAGGGUUUAGAGGCUUCGCUGAAGACCCUGGACCUCCAAGGAAGGUUUAAAAAUAAACAUAUCCACGUUCCUCCGAAGGUGAUCAGCAACAAUGGGGAUGUGAUUAUCCAGCUUGAUGGUUUCCAAGGGGCCGAGACGCAUCGCUGGCAGGUUAACAGCGAAGAUCUCAUCCGAAACAGCCCUUACUUUCGAGCGUUGCUUGAUCCCAACAAGUUCAUCGAAGGCAGGACCUUCAUGGAACAAAAAGCAGUCUACACCUCUCAAGUAUCUUUUGAGAAUGAUACCCCGCUGGAUGAGGGUCAGGAUUCCUCUGGAUUUCUUCCGAGUGUCCACCUUCCAACAAAAGAGAGUGCCCUGCCCAGGCUUGGAAUGGAGGCCGUCGAGCUCUUUCUGAAGAUAUUAUGCUCUACGUCUUUAGACUGCGAAGCAAAGGAAGUCUUCCACCGCGAGGUAAAAUAUAAGCCAGUCUCGCUAGUGGCCAAAGUCGUCGAAAUCGCCGACAUCUUCAACUCUCCGCAGGCUGUGCGGACCUGCCUCCAUGACUCGGCGUAUGCGUACGGCAAAAACAAGAACCCUUUUUAUCGAUUCUCGGCCCCAUUGCUGAAGAUGAGUGAGGAUCGGCUCCGGCAGGCGCUGUGCAUCGCUAUCUUUCUUCAAGACGAGGGUAUCGUCCAGGUUCUCUCCCAUACACUUGUUAUCGCCGGCUCGAAGGUAUGGGUCAACGGUGUUGCAGAGAGAAGAGAGAGUCCCCGGUGGACGUAUUUUCCAGCCGGUAUAGAAGAAGAACUAUAUUAUCGACGACAGUGCGUGUUGAACACCAUCACCGAUCUCCAGGCAUAUUUUCUUCGCAUCUACGGCGCUCUUGAAGAUGAGGGACCAUCGACAACGCCAACCCAUCAAGUUAACAAGUCCCGCCCCUUCCAGUGUCGCUGGGGGUUCGAUAACUCUAGCGCCUGCGAUUCCUUCCAUCUAGGACAGAUGAUGCGUUUCUUUGCGCUACGCACCAAGACGAUCUUCCUCGGAUCAACGCUGAUCGACCCGGACUUCAGCUUAGAAGAUGAAGAAGAAGAAGAAGAAGAAGAAGAAGAGAAGGAGCAAGGCUUUGACGCCCCGCUGCAACCGCCACCUACGGAUAUUCUCGCCCUAAUUGCCUCCCUGAAGCAAUGUCCAGACUACCAGAUCGACUUGAACCACAGUGGCUGCGGCAUUCGGCGCCGCCUACUUCCCGCGCUGGAAUGCAUCGAGCGCUUUGUCGGCGAUCAGCGUGGUUUACUUGGGAUUACGUUACGUCAUGGCCAUCCAACACCACCUGCGAGCGUCGGUACUGUCUCGCCACUACGCACUUUCUCCUGGCGCAGUCCGUCCUUGCAGAGGGCCCAGACCGUCAAUCUACGAUUUGCAAAGAUUAUCUCUGUGGGCCCUGCCUCGCUCCGUUCCGGAUCGCAGGAGGAAGAUGCUCGGCUCCUGUUUACCUCUAAGAAGCGGAAUUGGGAAGCGUAG